ACCUAACUUUUUUGUUCAACGGCAAAGUUAGUAAUGUUUCUGUUCUUUGUGUACACGAUUUGGCAACGUUGUUCUGUCACUCAAAAAUGGAUGCCGCUGUAGCAUCAACAGUGCCCGAUAAUGUGUUGGAAGUAAUAUUUUCAUAUUUAUCUCUUCAUGAUUUGAGAAACUGUUCUUUAGUGUGUAAAAGAUGGUAUAGUUUUUUAAAUGAUGAAAAUAAUGACGUGUGGAGGUUACACUGUAUUCGCAAACUUGCUGAGGAAGCAUUAAAAUCAGACUUAUUGUCUUCAGUUCCUACUUAUAAGGCGAAGUUAAGGGCCUUUUAUCAUGCAUGGAAUCCGAAUGAUUGUUCUAGAAAUAUAUAUAUUAAGCCUAAUGGGUUUACACUACACAGAAAUCCCGUAGCUCAAAGUACUGACGCAUCAAGGGGUAAAAUAGGUUUUCGACAUGGGAGACAUGCAUGGGAAGUUAUUUGGGAAGGUCCGCUGGGGACGGUGGCAGUAAUAGGCAUAGCAACAAAGGACGCACCGCUACAGUGCCACGGUUAUGUUGCUCUGUUAGGUUCGGACGAUCAAAGUUGGGGCUGGAACCUGGUAGAUAAUCAUUUGUUGCACAAUGGAGAUGCUCAAGGGAAUUAUCCCUUACUUAAUAAUGCUCCAAAAUAUCAGGUUGGUGAGAGAAUUAGAGUAAUUUUAGACUGUGACGACAACACGCUGUCAUUUGAAAAAAACUACGAGUUUUUAGGAGUCGCGUUUAGAGGAUUGCCAGAUAAGAAGUUGUAUCCUACAGUCUCAGCAGUGUAUGGAAAUACGGAGGUCUCUAUGGUUUAUCUCGGACCACCAUUAGAUGGCUAACACAGCUAGAAACGCAAGUUAGCUUACCAUUAAAAAUAACUGAAAAAGGGGAAUGAAUGUUUCAAGUUGGUCAUUCAGGAUAGUAAGGUUUGCCCAUGUGAUACUUACAUUUUACUUCAGUCAUACUUCCAUUAAAGAACAUGUAGGACAAAUUUAACAAUGGUAGAAUUAGACUUUUUAUAAAAGUAAAGUAGAGUAAGAGUGGUGCAUUUGAAGUAUGUGUUAUCACAACCUAAGAAUAAGAGUCCAUCAAAAGGAAUUGAAUUACUUUCUCACUUUUAAUGCAGUGAAUGUAUAUUUACUCAUUUUUAGUACUGAUUUGUUUUGAACUGUACUUACAUCAAAUGCACUAUAUCAUUUUGCCAUAUUUCGUGACCUGAUUCUUAAAGUUAGUUUUUUUUUUCAAACAAUGCUUGAUGACUUAAAUAACAAAAGAGAGCGUUUUUUGUUUGAAACUACUCAAAAAUGAAUAUUAAUGCGGGUUUUUUAAAUCCAUUGUGUUCAGAGUUUGAAAUAGGUGCUUUUGUUGUGACAUUAUUACCAUACCAAUAUCCCUUAUAAUGUUAGAGGACUUGUUUUUGCAACAUUUGUUAUUAUAAUUGAUGUAGAACUGUCUUCAUUUGAAUUAGCAUUUUUAUCACAACAAACAUUGUUGAAUUUCUUUUUAAUAAACAAACUACGUAUUUCAUGUAAAAGUGAAAUUAAUAAUUCAAGGAAGUAUGGACACACGUUAUUCGUGGUUUAAGAGAGACACUAAAAUUUGCUUAAUAAAUUUGUCAGAAUUGUUAAAACAGUUCUAAAUAUAUUGUGCCUUAAUAAGAUUUUACUUUUUCUCAUGUUACACAAAGUAGUAUUUUUUAUUGUGUAAAUUCUAAUUGAUGCCGUAAGCUAACAGUAUCAUAUUUAGCUACUCAUAUUAAAAAUAUCAACUGUAACAUGACUAAAUAUGAAGAAUAUUGUUCACUACACUACUCCUGUUAGUACUACUACUAUUUUUGUUUCAGAAUUUUUGAAAGUAUUUUUGGUACAGUAUUUUGCUAGAAAAUGCAUUUUUUUAUAAGCAUUGAGUUUCAGUAAUUGAAGUAGUACUUUAAGGGUACAUUUUUCUUGCAAAUGUUGUUAAACAUCAUAUUUUCGAUUUCGCGUUGACAUUCAUAUUCAGACAAUUGUGAAAAAGACGGUUAUUUUCACAUAUAGUGGGGAAUAAUAAUGCCACGCUUAUUAUAAAGGUUGACAUUACUUACUGAUUUUUGCAGAGUCUUCAGGGUCAAGAAAACAGACUUUGGAAUCACGUAUGGUGUAUGUACUUGAACAAACGGAUGUAAUCGACGUAAUUAAAGAUAAUUAACCUGAACUGCACUAUCUGGUACAUUUUUUGUCAUAAAAUAUUAAGGGAUGAUCGUUUUUUCUGAGACACAUGAAGUCGCAUUAAUUCAACAAUUUCUGUAACUUUGAUUCAUUAACAAAGAAAAAAAAAUGUUACAGGUCAGGUAACUUGCUUCCACCUAAACGUUGCUCUGAUCAAAUUUAUUCAUAUUUUUUAAAAUUUCGACACUUGCUUCAUUUUUGACAAUUCUCUGUAUGUGAAAGGCAGUUCUAUGACUUUUGUAAUAACUUCGAAUGCAUUUACUAUAGCAGUGAUGAACAAAAUUCAUUAAUUGAUUAAAGUGACAUGUGAUUAAAUUUAUUGCAGUAAGACUACACAUGGUUUCCAUAUGCUUGAGUCCACAGUCAGUGUAGUCUCCUAAAGUUAAUUUAAAAAAAUAAGCCACUGUUGCCUUGUAGUUUUGGCAAAGAAUCAAGUAUCCUUUACGUUAAAUUAUUAAUAUUCUUUUCUGUGAUAUUUUGAAAAUAUUAUUUACAAUUCGUUUUGUAAGCAUAAGACUUAACCAGCUCUCAUUUGGUUUUAGUUUUGAUAUUGAAGUUGAUUAUUGUUUAUUAUUGUUAUUUACUCAUUUUUAGUGAUCUGAAGCAUUUUAUUAAUAUAUUCUACUUUAAUGUAGUUUUGUUAAUGACAGCUAAUGCAAUUUUAUAAUUUUGAAAGUCAGUGACACUUGUCCUCACCUUUUUUUUAUUUAUUAUUGGCGUAAGACAAUGCGGUUUUCAAAGAAAUUCUUAAAAACCAAAUUGAGUUUUGUGAAUAGAAACUUGAGAGUUUUUAAAAUUUUGGGUUUUAGUAGAUUUCAGUAAUAAGUUAAUUAGUAAAAAUGUACAAGUUUUUUUACAAGGUCAGUAAGAAAAUGCAUACUUGAAAAUACUAACUAAUGUAUUCAUUGUACUGAAACGUUAUGUUAAGAAUUAAUUUAAUUUGUUAACUGUAUUUUUAGGUUGUACUCCUGUAAAUAUGUAUGUAUGUACGUUUACAUUUUUUUAAAAGUAAUUAAUACUUCUAGUAUUAAAAUUAACUCUAGUCAUUUUAUUACGAAUGCAGUUAUUCAAUAAUAGAAUCAGUAAAUGCGUAUCUCGACUAGGUAUGUUAUAAAUACUAACUACAUCAGGAAUUUAUUGUCUUCUUACUUUUUGUUUCUUAUGUUUAUUUUUAUAGUGCUAAUUGGUUUAACAACAUUCCACGAAAACAUUUUUUGGUAAACAUACCAGUUUAAACACUAACUCCACAGGUUUAAUUUUUGCUAUUGAAGUAGAGAUUACAAUUUCCGUUAAGAUGGUAUCACCUAGUGAAUCUUGUAUCAAAGUUAAAACUGCGUGAUUGCAAAAAUGAAUCUUCGAUUUAAUUUUUUUUAACAGACCUUGUUAUUUUUAUUUGUUUAGCGUUUCUGUGAUUUUCAUGUUAGCAAGCUCAGUUAAUCUUCCAUAGAGCUAACAGAAUGCAGUGUGAAAUAUUUCCAAAAACUUAAUUCUCAGGGAAUAAAUAUCUACAUUAACGGAACACUAGUAUUGUCAAACUUUGGCAAUGCGUUAUUUUACAGUGUAUCUAUAGAACACCGUAAUAUCAAAUUAUAGUCUUUGCCAUUUCUAUUGAAACACUAUCUGUUUAUCGUAAAUUUGGCAACGUUCAUAUUCAGACAAUUUUCGAAUUAAAAGCCGUUGUCAAUCAACCAAAAGCUGUUACCAUUUGCUAAAUUUUAAGCAACAUCAACAAGUGGUGUUUCAAUAGAAAUGGCAAAGACAAUACCAAUGUAGAAUUUAAGUUUCAAAUUCAAGUUCGACAAUUAGACUAAAUUACUGUUUGAACUGUGUGAAAUUUACACAAUAGUAUUACAUUUAGUUUGUGCCAAAAAUUAGUUUUCACACCCUGUAGGACAUGGGAUCGACAUAUUCAAUCUUUUUUGAUAGGGUGCAAUCACAAAUUUAAUACUAUCACAAUAAUAUAAUAUUAAUAAUGAUAAUGAAAGAUUUAUUAUCCAAGGGAAGACAUGGUUCAUGCUGAAUAUGUAAAUAGUAAUGUAAUAAUGUAAUUCAUGUGACACGCCAAAAAUUGAAAAAUCGAAAAAUUUAAAUACACAAAUCCCAAAACAGAAACUUUGAAAAACUAGAAAAUCGAAAAAUCGAUUAUCGAAAAACUGAUUAAAUCGAGAAAUCGAAAUCGAAAAAUUGAAAAAUCGCGAAAUCGAAACAUUAAAAGAUCGAGACGUCGAAAUAUCGAAAAAUUGAGAAGUGGAAGUGGCAAAAAAUCGAAAAAUGGGAACAUUCAAAAUUGAAAAAUUUGAACUUAAAAAACCGAUAAACCGAAAAAGUGAGAAGUCGAAACAUCGAAGAACUGAAAAAUUAAUUCCGAAAAAUUGAAAAACCGGAAAAUCUAAAACGUAAAAGCGGAAAAUCGAAAGAAAACCGUUAAAUCGAAAAUUGAAAAAAUUGGCAUACCGAAAAACUGAAAAGUUAAUUCCGAAAAAUUGAAAAAUCGAAAAAUCUAACCACGAGAAGGCAAAAAAUCGAAAGAUUAGAAAUCGAAACAACAAAAAAGUGAAAAACCUAAAGUUUAAAAAUUCGAAAAAUCAAAAAACUGAAAAAUCGAAAAAUCUAAGAUUUAAAAAAUCGCGUUAUUUUAAAAAAUCGAAUAAGUAAAAAACCAAAAAAAAAAAAACAGAAAGGCGAAAAA